GUCAUUGUAUCGUUAAUCGACUUAAUACACGACCUCCAUUUUUGUUGCAACUAUUUCAUUCGGCAUAUUUCUUACAGUGUUUCUUGAUUCAAUUAUUUUUUAAAUCAUUUUUUGAAUUUUUAAAUGCAUUUCUACGAAAAUCAAAAUUUAGGUCUGUACAUUGUGAAAAAUAUGCCUCUGUUCGGAAAGUCUCAAAAGAGUCCGGCGGAGGUGGUGAAAGCUCUUAAGGAAGCAGUAAAUGCAUUGGAGCGUGGUGAUAAGAAGGUAGAAAAGGCUCAAGAGGAUGUCAGUAAAAAUUUAGUACAUAUAAAAAAUAUGCUUUAUGGAACAGCUGAAACAGAACCUCAAGCAGAUAUUGUUGUUGCGCAAUUGGCGCAAGAAUUGUAUAAUAGUAAUUUGUUGCUUUUACUUGUGCAAAAUCUUAGUCGCAUAGAUUUUGAGGGAAAGAAAGAUGUUGCUCAAGUAUUUAAUAACAUAUUACGGAGACAAAUUGGAACCAGAUCUCCAACAGUAGAAUAUAUAUGUACUAAACCAGAAAUAUUAUUUACUCUUAUGUCUGGGUAUGAACACCAAGACAUUGCUUUGAACUGUGGCACUAUGUUAAGAGAAUGUGCAAGAUAUGAGGCCUUGGCUAAAAUCAUGAUCUAUUCGGACGACUUUUACAAUUUUUUCAGAUAUGUUGAAGUAUCAACUUUCGAUAUAGCUUCCGACGCAUUUUCUACAUUCAAAGAAUUACUUACCAGGCAUAAAAUACUGAGCGCAGAGUUUUUAGUUAAUUAUGAUAAAGUUUUCUCUCAUUAUCAAAGGUUAUUGAAUUCAGAAAACUAUGUUACGCGACGACAGAGUUUGAAACUACUAGGAGAACUUUUACUUGAUAGACAUAAUUUUACUGUAAUGACACGGUAUAUUUCAAAUCCUGAUAAUCUGAAAUUGAUGAUGAAUAUGCUUAAAGAAAAAUCACGUAAUAUUCAAUUUGAAGCGUUUCAUGUGUUUAAGGUGUUCGUGGCGAAUCCAAAUAAACCAAAACCAAUUUUAGAUAUAUUAUUGCGCAAUCAGGAAAAAUUAAUCGAAUUUCUGACGCGCUUCCACACUGAUCGUUCCGAAGACGAACAGUUUAAUGAUGAGAAGGCGUAUCUUAUUAAACAGAUUAAAGAGCUUAAGUCUGUACAUGAAAAUUAAAUUCAAAAUAUAAAUUAUUGCUACAGCUAUCGUUAACUA